AUGACUGGAUCAAAGGCCCCUACACAUCUGACUUUUCAACACGAUGGCAAGCUCCUACACCUCAAGACCUCUGUCGUUUCCGCCGUGCCGGACAAGGAUUUUGUUGUCAUCACGAAAGAGACUAUCUUCCAUCCGCAGGGCGGCGGACAACCCUCAGAUGAAGGGCACAUGGCUUUAGAUGGCUCAUCCAAUACAUUCCAAGUGACCAACGUCCGCAUGGAUGUCGACACUGGAAGCAAUGGCCAGGUCUUGCACCUAGGGCAGUUUUCGGACUCAUCUCAGCCUCAAUUCAAGCCGGGAAACGUGGUAGAGCAGGUUGUGGAUGCAGAGAAGCGAUUGCUUUAUUCACGACUACACACAGCUGGACACGUCCUUGGCGCAGCAGUCCGGCAUUUACUAGAGAAGGAGAUCGAGGGCUUCGACGAACUAAAAGCUUCCCACUUCCCGGACAGUGCGGCGUGCGAAUUUCAGGGCUCAAUCGAUGGCAAGUGGAAGGCACCGAUCCAAGAGCGUCUCAACGAAUACAUUAAACGCGCUGUGCCGGUUGAGAUUGACUUCUGGACCGAAGCUGAAUUCAGCAAAAAUGGUCUCGAGAGGCUUAUCCCAGAUCGCAGCCUUCUACCACCUGGCGAAGAUAAGUUCCGUGUCGUCAGACUGGCUGGCUUGGAGACGUAUCCUUGCGGAGGCACGCAUGUGGAUACCACCGAUCUUUGUGGUGACACUACCGUGAAGAAGAUUUCUAGAAGCAAGGGAACGAGUCGAGUCAGCUAUAAUGUUAAAUGA